GGCCCCCGGGGAUUGCUUGCCUGGUAGCGUCGGAGGAAACCACGGCCCUGGAGUGGUCUAGGGAAAGCGGGUUGGGAGCCCCCCCGCCUGUCCGGAUCGGACGCUCUUGCCGAGCCAUGGAAGGAGCGCUGGCUCUACGGCUUCUGCUGCUGCUGUUGCUCGCGCCGGCCUCCUCCGCAGCAGAAGAUCCCACUGAAGAGACAAAGAGGCCUGGCUUGUUUUCAUUCCCAAAACCAAAGUCACCCCCAAAGGACUCAAAGAGUGUACACAGAUUACCCCGUUCCUUUUCAGUCCAGAUAAACAAUGGGUCUAUAAUCUAUGCGUCGGCACGUCCUGUGGAUUCCAGUACUGUGAAGGAGGAUAGGCUCACAUCUACUGCAGGUUAUGCAGAUCACCCCUUUCGGUCAAUUAAGUUCAAUCCUACAGUAGGAAGUAUACGAAUUGCCGAACACAUGGACAUCAAAUUUAAUUGCUCCAUCACUGUUCCUAAAUCAUUAAUCAACCCUGAUUCUGCACUUAUUUCCUUGUCGAAGAAUGGGAAGGAGCUUCUUGAUGCCGACAGGCUGGGCAGCGAGCAUUAUCAAUUUGAUGACAACGACGACACCACUAUGAUAUCUACUUUCAGGAUUCGCAAACUCCAGCGCUCUGAUAAUGGGUCCUACAGCUGCAAACUAAAAGUCCACAGUGAGGAAAUAGUAUCAGAUCCUAUUCUGAUUUUGUUGGAAGGGCUUCCGUACUUCAGCAAGCAGCCCCAGGAGCUGAACGUUACCCGAAACAAGCCAUUCCGCCUCACAUGUCACGCAGUGGGGCCUCCUCAGCCAGUUGACAUUCGCUGGUAUUGGAACAGCACCCAGAUUACGGAGAAAGCUCCUUCUCCAUCUGUCUUGACCAUGCCAGGUCUUAAUGAAACUGCUAUUUUCCACUGUGAGGCUCAUAACAAGAAAGGAGUGACGACAUCGACAGAAGCACGAGUCAAUAUAAAAGGGAUCCCAUCCCCACCUGUUAAGGUGAACAUUCGGAACAGAACAGCUCACACGAUCGUGGUGUCUUGGAUCCCAGGUUUUGAUGGUUAUUCGCCUUUGAGCUGCUGCAGCGUUGAGGUGAAGGAUGUUUUUGCACCAAGUAAUGUUUCUGCGAUGAUUUUUAACACUUCCACACCACCUCAUCUGUACCGUAUCCAGAAUUUGUUUGCUUUGAAGGAUUACAACAUCCGUGUUUCUUGUCUGAAUGAAGUAGGAUGGUCUGGCUUCAGUCCUUGGGUUAUGGCCAGCACAACAGAAGGAGCUCCCUCUGCCCCCCCUGGAAAUAUCAGACUCUCAAUCAAUGAGUCCAGCUCCUCUGUGAUAGUCACGUGGAUAAAGCCUCCUGCAGCACAGAUGAACGGUGAACUUCAAGCCUUCAACAUCUCCCAUGUGUGGCAGAGUUCAGAGUUGUCUCGGAAUCUCUCCUUUCACACCAGCAAAGAUACCAGUGUCAUCCACAUUCCGAUUGUGGCCACUAAUGCCACCUGCACGGUGCGAGUCGCUGCAGUCACGAAAGGUGGAGUUGGGCCAUUCAGUGAUCCUGUAGGAAUUUUUAUUCCAGGGAAUGGUUUGAUAUCGACUGCACCUUCGUCAACUGCAGCAUCUGGAAACACAGAUUCAAUUAUAAUAGUCCUUGGCUUUAUAUGUGGAGUUGUUGUUGUUGGAUUAAUCUUGUAUGUGUCUGUGAUUAUAAGGAACAGGCUGACAGAGGAGACCAAGUUUGGAUAUGCUUUCAGCAGUGAUGAAUCAGAACUGGCUGUAAAUUACAGAGCAAAGAAGACCUACCGCCACAGAGCUGUUGAACUGACACUGAGCAGCCUUGGCGUGAGCGAAGAGCUGCAGGAGAAACUCCAGGAUGUUGUGAUUGUCAGGAACAACCUGGCCCUGGGGAAGAUUUUGGGAGAGGGGGAGUUUGGAUCAGUCGUGGAAGGGAAUCUCAGCCAUCCUGAUGGAACUAUUCAGAAAGUAGCUGUGAAAACGAUGAAGUUGGAUAGCUUUUCUCAACGGGAAAUUGAAGAGUUCCUCAGGGAAGCCGCAUGCAUGAAAGAUUUUGAUCACCCCAAUGUCAUCAAACUUCUCGGGGUGUGUAUAGAACCAAGCUCUCAGCAGGUUCCAAAGCCCAUGGUGAUCCUCCCCUUCAUGAAAUACGGGGAUUUGCAUAGCUUCCUCCUUCGCUCAAGGCUUGGAAUGGGCCCGCAGUAUGUACCGCUCCAGACUUUAUUGAAGUUUAUGGUCCACAUUGCUCUUGGAAUGGAAUACCUCAGUAACAGACAUUUUCUCCAUAGAGACUUGGCCGCUCGAAACUGCAUGUUACGUGACGACAUGACUGUGUGUGUAGCAGACUUCGGUUUAUCCAAGAAGAUUUACAGUGGGGAUUAUUACCGCCAGGGGCGCAUCGCAAAGAUGCCUGUGAAAUGGAUUGCGAUAGAAAGUCUUGCUGAUCGCGUCUACACAACCAAAAGUGACGUGUGGGCGUUUGGUGUUACAAUGUGGGAGAUCGCAACCCGAGGGAUGACACCAUACCCAGGAGUGCAGAACCAUGAAAUUUAUGACUAUCUCCUUCAUGGGAGCAGAUUGAAGCAGCCAGAUGGCUGUUUAGAUGAAUUGUAUGAAAUAAUGUACUCCUGUUGGAGGGCAGAUCCCGUGGACCGACCCACCUUCUCGGAACUGAAGCUGCACCUGGAGAAGCUGUGGGAAAGUUUACCCGCCCUCAGUGAACCUGCCGACGUAAUUUAUAUUAACACAAGCUUGCUGGAGGAGAGCGCAGAAGAGCUGACUGAGGACUCUGACUUCCCCCAGAUAGACACAGACCUUGAUCCUGAUCGAAUCAUAGAGUCCUGUUCCCAGAGACCAGAGACCACGGUGGUUACCGUUGAUAUCCACGAGAGCAACGGGAUGGGGGAUAGAUAUAUUUUAAGAGGGGUUAGCGAGGAACACAUUGCUGACAUGGUAAGGUCAGAAGAAGAGGAUCUACCUCUACUCCAGCACACUCCAUCGCAGAAUGGGAUGCUCUGGUCUCAAGCUAGCACACUCCCUGUAGGAAGCUUGCUGACUGAUGAACUACUGUUUGCAAAUGACUCUUUGGAGGACUCUGAAAUCAUGCUGUGAAAGAAGAAAUGGGACUCUUCUGAGCUGCAGAUCAGAGCAACUCCUUGGCCAGAAAUGUUCUGUGUGGACUUCCUUGUUCUUGUCACACAAAGCCAGUCUUUUGUAGCAACCUUUCCAAGCCUUGUUCAGCAAGUGACUAAUAGAAGCAACGUUCUGUGUCUCUAUUUGUAUAGUAUGGUAUCUUUAUAGAGAUUAUAUUUUAAUAAACAACACUCCAUUAUGAUGGUCUGUUUUAUUCGUUC